GUGAAAGAAACCGCGAUAUUCGUGAAUACUACAUCGAAAGUGUUGCUGCUUGCAGGAGAACCAGUCCGUCCAAUCGGACUGCGGCCCUUAAAACAGUUUGGAAUGCACUAGCAAACCAUUUGCUAGAGAGAAGGUUUAAAAAUGCAAAAUUGGAACCAAUGGCAAUUGUCAGCUGGUGCUGUUGCCUCUACAAUGCCUCAACCACCAGUUUAUGCUGCACCAGGAGCAGAUCCCAUGGCAAUGAUGCAAGCAUACAUGCAGUAUUAUAGUCAACCAGCACCCAGUGGAUACACAACGGAACAGUGGGCUGCAGCUCAACAACAAAAUUGGGCUCAGUGGCAGCAGUGGCAGCAGCAGUAUCAACAAUGGCAAACUCAAUAUGGAGAAAAGUAUCAAGAAACAAUGAAGCACAUGUCUGCCCAGAAUAUGAAUCUGGCCAAUCAGGUGUCACAAUUACCAAUUGUGCAACCUCCACCACCUCUUCCGAAAGAGGAUACAAAACCACCAUUACCCCCAACCACGAUAAACACAUAUCAGUUUACAAGCAUGCCUCCACCACAUCAAAACAAUCUUCCAUUAUUUCCUGCUAAGCAAAACGCGAACGCGGAAAUGCAAACUAGUGUACAAAGUUAUCCUCAGAAUCCCCCUCUACCUCCUAAUCAGCCACCAUUACCUCCUGAAAGUAGUAGUAGUAGCAAAGAAGGUAAUUUAACCGGUAAACGCGGUAGCAGUAGCGUUAGUGAAUCAAGUAGUGCUAAAAAGUUGAAAGUUGAAGACGACGAAUUAACUGAAGCGGAAAAAACGUUUGACGCUCAGUUUAAACAGUGGGAGGAACAAUUUAAUAAGUGGAAAGAGCAAAAUGCUAAUCAUCCGGACAAGACCCAGUACAAGCAGUACGAAGCGAAAUGGACAUCCUGGCGUGAGAAGCUUAUAGAGAGACGUGAACAGAUGCGUAGAAAACGUGAACAGCAAAAGCAGGCUGUUGCUAAGGCAGAAGUGGAAAAGAAUAAAACCAUACCUGGUGACGAAAAGAUAUUGAAUAUUCUGACGAGCACAGAAAAUCAAGGAUUGAUUAACAAUUUGUUAGGCAUUGGGAAAACUCUUGGUUUAACCGGAAAACAAAACACCAGUGUACCUCCACCGCCACCGCCACCACCAGCUACAGAAACUGUUGCAUCCAGUGUUCAUACGUCAACCAUGGUGUCCUCUUCUCAAGGAACUUCACAGGUGUCAACGUCUCAGCCAACAGCUAUGAACAUGAUGUCUUCUAAUGCGAUGACAUCGUCGCCUUGGAAUUCGCAGCAAUGGGCACCACAGUAUAAUACAGGAGUGAACGUAUCAGGCUUCCCUAAUUAUCAGUCCAUGACUGGCGUGCCUCCACCACCUUUCGGUACACCAUCAACACAAAUGGCUGCACCUAAUUUCACGCAGCCGCCACCAAACUUUGCACAACCGCCACCUGGUUUUACUGGAAACGAUCGACAGAACGCUAAUGCACGACCCUCGGUUCCAUCUAACAUGCAAGGAAGACCACCGCCAUUUGGUUCGAGCAAUGUAAAUAGUCCUGAUGGAAAUCAUGCUCCCACCGAUCGUCUCAGUCAAACUGGUCCUCCGGGCAAUUUUGGUAACAGUGAACUCAAUCGACAAAAGGAUGGUGCACCAUUGGAUCGUUUUGGUCGAGACGGUACGAACGAACAAGGUAACUCGUUUCGACCUAAUGAUCUAUAUGGUCAACGAAACGAUGGUUAUAAGUUCAACGAUGAGAGAUCACUUGAGACAGAUCAGUUUAGAAGAGAUGAUAGAAACUAUCAGGAGCAAAGUAACAAUCAGUUCAAUCAGCAAAAGAAUGUCUUCGGCAGUGAUAGAUUUGCUGCUGGAAAUGAUCGUUUUGGACCAGGAAGUAAUCGAUUUGGCCCGAAUGAUAGAUUUGGUCCGGGGAAUGAUCGAUUCGGUUUAGGAAACGAUCGUCCUGUCCUUGGUACAACUGAUAGAUUCGGACCCGGAGAUACCAGGUUUGGAAAUGAUCGAUUCGGACCACCGUCUGAAAGAACUGGACAAGGAGGUGAUAAUGUUAGUGACCGUUAUGGACCAAAUGAUAGAUUUGGACAUAGCAAUGAAUCGUUCGGUCCAGGUGGUGAUAGAUUCAACAGAGGUAAUCUAGAUCGGAAAUCGAAUUUCGAUCCAAAAGAUACAGGAGAUAGGCGUGGUUUCAAUAGACCUAAUCAGUUUCAACCGCCAGAUAAAUUCGCACCAGAAUUGAAAAAGCUUAUGGAAAAACGACGAGCUGCGUUUGAUGUGUUUAGACCAAGCUUUCUUGACUCUGAUAAAAGUUGUAAUGUUGGUUCGCUAAGCGAAAGCUUUAAGAGAAUAACUGGUGAUUCUCCGUUCAUGAAAUCUGGAAAUAAUAAUUUUGGUCCUCGUGGACCACCUGGCCCUAGCAAUUUUAGAAUGCCCGGGGACUUGAAACCUCAAGGAAAUUUUGAUUUUGGACCACGUUAUCCUAUGGGAAUUGGACGUAACACCUCGAUUGAUUUAAGAGAUGGUGUUCCAUUUAGAGGACCCACUUCCAGUCCGCAACAAGUGCACGAUCCUAUAAACACAGAACUCAGAUCAGACACGAUAAACCUAGGGAACGAUACGCAUAUGAUUAAAGAGAACAAGGGUGAAUCUGUCGGUGGAGCGGAUCAAACGGAACUAACGAAUUUUCAGCCCAGCGAACAAAAUAUUGAUAAUACGCGUAAAGAUGAUCUUAAUCAUUAUUCGGUGUCAACUGAGAUUCCAUUAUUAGAGAAAUCACCUUGGACCGAGGGUCAAUUUCCCGCAGAUAAUUCAGCGCAGAAGGAUCCCACUAAUAUGUCCAUAGAUGGUGAGAAUUCGUCCAGUAUUCCUUUAGAACAAGAUACUCAGAACGUGAUAAAUGAAGCAACAGAAACGAAUCAAGAUGUAUCCGGCAAUGAUAAUGGGGUUAACAAGAAAACCGAAGUAUUACCUUUCAUGGGCGAAAAUGAUCCAAAACCUGAAGAUUUAAAUAUGGAACCACCGCCUGAAUUGCCAAAUUUGGGACCUGUUACCACAGGUACUAUAGAACCGAUGGAUCCUCUGUGUAGAACGGAUGGAAAAGAGUCGUCCCCGCCGCCUUUAUUGAACCGUCCAGAUUGUCCGAAUCCUGGAAACUAUUUUGAUCCCGCGUUUGGUCCCAAAGGAAUGCAAUUCAGACCAAAUGCACCGUUCCUUGGCCCCCGAGGACCUAAUGACAGUAGAUUUCCUAUGUUUGAACCUAGAGGCCCAAUGCCGUUUAGUCCAACUGGUCCGAAUGCAUAUUCAUUGGGGCCUCGAGGUCCUAACGUCGGACAGUUUGGGUUAAGAGGACCCAACAGUGGACAGUUCGAUUCGCGAAGUCCCAGCGAAGAACAAUUCCGUUCAAGAGGACCUAAUGAUGGGCCGUUUGCGCCCAGAGGUCCCAAUAAUGGGCUGUUUGCGCCGAGAGGUCCCAAUAAUGGACCGUUUGGUCCCAGAGGUUCUAAUAUUGGACAGUUUGGUCCCAGAUACGAAGGACAGUUUGGUCCAAGGAGACCUAAUGAGGGUCAGUUUGGUCCUAGAGGGCCCAGCGAUGGACAAUUUGGUCCUAGAGGACCCAGCGAUGGGCAGUUUGGUCCUAGAGGACCCGGCGAUGGACAGUUUGGUCCUAGAGGACCCAGCGAUGGACUGUUUGGUCCUAGGGGACCCAGCGAUGGACAGUUUGGUCCUAGAGGACCCAAUGAUGGACAGUUUGGUCCUAGAGGUCCCAAUGAUGGACAGUUUGGUCCUAGAGGACCCAGUGAUGGUCAGUUUGGUCCUAGAGGACCUAAUGACAGCCAGUUUAUGCCCCAAGGACCGAACAGACAGUUUGGGCUUGGUAGACCUAACGAUGCAUCUUUCGAUAAUCGGGGUCCUAAUAAUUUGCAAUUUCCUCCUAGGGGAUCUAAUGAAGGCCAACCUAAAUUUUCUGGUCCCAGUGAUACAUUAUUUGGUUCACGGCGCAAUGAGACGCCUCAUCUGCGAAGUCCAAGUGGAUCAAAAGGAACAUUCGAUACACCCGCUGAUGGCAGUUUUGGACCACAAGGUCAAAGUGACACAUUCUUUGGAUCACGAGGUUCACUUGGUGGUUCAAAUGAUUCGUUCACAACGCGUGACAAGGUUAACAAUAUGUGUUCCAAGAAUAGAGAGAAUUCAGAUGCUGGUAAUUCUGACACCCGGGGCGAUGGAGGGGUGUUCAAGCCGAAGGAUCAAAUGCCGAUAGAACCGGGUAUUCAACAAGGCAAGUUUGAUUCUAAUGACAAACAAAAUCCUGGAUGGAGGCAACAGUUCUCGAAAAAUGUGUUAGGCGAUACCGAUCAAAGAUCUGGGCAAGACUUCGGUUACAAUGAUAAACCUAUGCUCGCUCGAAAUGAUCCGUUCAAUCAAACUGCAAUGAAUAAUAUGGAAAGAAGGUCUCCUUUGGAUGUGAAUAAGUCUAACGUACCAGACAUCAGGUCAGACAAGACUAUGAGCGAAUUGACAAUUGGGGAGACGUCAUCAGGAUCCGAGUAUUCAAAGUUUAACAGCCCUAAUACGUACAUGAAACGACCAAUGGAUAAUCGACAAUCUCAAGUCAGGUGCCCGACCGUCAAAGAAUUCUGUAUAGAGAGACAAUUUAAUUAUAAUCAUGCUGGGGCCACGACUGAGAAGAAAUUCGUCGAGCAUAUACCAGCCAAAGUUGUCGACUAUGCCCACACGUCCCACUCGUCGAUUCAAGAUCACUUGACUCCUGUGCAGUGCUUCGACUACGGACAUGGUAAUCUAAAGCCACUGGUACCGGAACGUGAGGCGCAGCCAAAGAAAGAUUUCAAAGACUGGGAGGAGAACGAACAGAACUUGAAGGAGUACACAGAGAAAAUAAGGAGCUACGAGCACUACUCCUCCAAAACGGACGGUAGAUCAGGCGAUUAUAGGCACAGAAGGCACAGCAAUGAUUAUGUGGACGAUAAGAGGGCCGAAAGAGAGUAUAGGGAAAAAGAUGACUACAGACCAAAAGACAGAGAUGAUAGGAUAUUUGAUCGUGUGUCUAGCAAAAAUCAAGACAGUCGACACGACAAGAACGCUAACAAAGAAAGAACAAGGGAACGGUGUGAACCACCUCAGAAGGAAACUAAUAAAGAACAUAAGAAAGAUGAGGACAGAUCGAAAGGAAAUGUAAACUGGCAGGAGAACUCAAACAAGAGCAUCGUUGAGACAAUACCGUCGGACAGCAGUGUUACAGACACACAACACAAUGUACUGGAACCUGCACCAAAGACUUUGGAGUUGGCGAAAACUCCAAACUGCACAAUGGUGGACGACUUACUGUGUCCUCCAGGUCGUCAGAACAGACCACCAAAAAUAGCUAUCAUCUUGAGAGGUCCACCAGGCAGUGGAAAAUCAUUUGUUGCCAAACUUAUUAAAGACAGAGAAGUAGAACAAGGAGGUUCUGCACCAAGAAUCUUAAGUCUUGACGACUAUUUCUUGGUUGAAAAGGAAAUAGAAUCUACAGAUGAUAAUGGCAAGAAAGUUACAGUUAAGGAUAUGGUUUAUGAAUAUGAAGAGGCAAUGGAACAAAGUUACAUAACAUCAUUAGUAAAAGCCUUUAAGAAAAAUAUCACCGACGGUUUCUUUAGCUUUAUAAUACUAGAUUGUAUUAACGAGAAGAUUUGUGACUACGAAGAAAUGUGGAGUUUCGCCAAAACCAAAGGUUUUAAAGUAUAUGUAUGUGAAAUGGAAAUGGAUUUACAAAUCUGCUUGAAAAGAAAUAUUCACAAUCGUACGGAAGAUGAGAUAAACAGGAUUAUAGACUAUUUCGAGCCGACACCAAGCUAUCACCAGAAACUAGAUGUCAAUUCGAUGUUGCAAGAUCAAGCGAUUGAAGAGGUUCAUAUGGAAGAUAGUGAAGAAACACAAGAAAAGGUGCCAUCUCCACAGAAUGAAGAUAGUCAGGAUAGUCAAGAAGAUACUCAAGAUGGUGUUGGUGUGAGCAAAUGGGAACGAAUGGAAGCAGAAGAUAAAUUAGAUCGUUUGGAUGGUCUUGCAAGAAAAAAGAACGAGGGAAAAGUUCAAACAAUGAAAGACUUCCUUCAGGUUCCUGACUACUACAAUAUGGAGGACACUUCCGGUAAAAAACGGGUACGAUGGGCAGACUUGGAAGAACGAAAAGAGCAGGAGAAAAUGCGUGCCGUUGGAUUCGUGGUUGGACACACCAACUGGGAUCGUAUGAUGGAUCCAACGAAAGGAGGAAGCGCUUUAACACGCACAAAGUUUUUCUCGCUGUCAUAAUCAUAGUUGUCUUUUCGUUCUACUGACCUCAGUAACGGAAAGAAGUGCGAAAGCAAGAUGUCUACAACUUUCAAGUUCUUCGAACAGCGUUUUACUGUUUCUAAAAAGUCCAUUUAAUAGCAUCGGCAUUAAAUAACUUCAGUUUACGCGAU